AUGCUUAGUUCAAAAUGGAAUGAACCAAGUUGGUACCGUCAAUACGAUGCUCAUAAAGAUGAUUUCAUCGAAAGAUAUGGUACUAGUACAGAACAAUGGUUGUUUCAUGGAUGUAAAUCAACAGCAAUCGAUGCAAUUAUCAAAGAUUGUUUCAAUCGUAGCCAUGCUGUUCGAUUUGCUGCGGGACAAGGCAUCUAUUUUGCAACUCAAGCUAGUACAAGUUUAGGUUAUACACAACCAACUGCAAAUAAUCUUAGACAUAUGUUUAUGGCUCGUGUUUUAGUCGGAAGGACAACGGCAGGAAAUCAAUCAACGCGUGUUUGUCCACCAGGCUUUGAUACGACUGGGGGAGGAACAGUGUUCGUUACCUAUCAUGAUGCUCAGGCUUAUGUUUUCAUUAAACUAAAACUUGAUUGUACAAUGGCUGCUACUUAUGGACAGCGGCAACGAACCAAAUAUCGUUUUCUUAUGGGUAUCAAUGGAUUUUUACUAGCUUUUGCUAUUUUUAUUAUCAUUUCAAUGUCUAUCUACUGGGGUUUCUUUGAAGAGUGGACUAUUUGGACUGAUUAUACCAUGGCUUGGGUUGAAUUUAAUUUUUUUAUCUACUAUUGGGAUCGUUUAACAAUAACUCGUGCUUAUCUUUCAUUGAUUUACAUAUACGGUUUUGCUCUUCUCACAAUUAUUGCAUUACAAAUUCAUAGUUAUCGUCGUCGAAAUGCAUUUCUUAUGCAAUAUGUUCCAUAUUCAUUACUUGGUUUAGCUAUAAUAACAAUACUUGGUGGUUUAGCUUGGUUUGCAGUAACAAUGAUAAAUAUGAAUGCUGGAUUUCUGACAAAGGAAACAUUUUUACUUGAAAGACUUCGUUUUAAAGGCAAUGCUUUUAAAGAAUUAAAAUAUCGUGAACAAGCAUUUCAUCUGGUAACAUCGGGUCGUGUGCCACCACGUGUUUUUAUUUUAACUGCAUUUGUUAACCAACGUCAACGAGAUUUUAGUUGUUGUGGUUGGAAUUCGUACCUUGAUUAUACAGGCGCAUAUAAAACUGAUCUACCGGAUACAUGUUGUCAUAAGUAUCAAAGAAAUUUUGGUUGUGGUAAGAAUAUGUUAAUUAAUCCUGAUUCGAAAGUUGUUAACACGCGCGGCUGUGGCCCAUUAAUGCAUUAUUGGUAUCGGCGUGGAUUUUGGGAAAAUAUAUUUAUGAGUUUAUUUGGCGUAUUUAUGGGUGUUUAUAUGAUAUAUGUAUUUCAACAAAAUCGAAAAGAAUUUGUUCAAUUACGCGAUGAAGCUGAUGAUAGAAAACGUAUUAUACAUACACAAUCCAUGGCAUCACUUCGUUCAGCCAACAAAAAUCAAACAAAAGUUAAUCCAUCCAAUUACGCAUAUACUGGCAUGAAAACCACAAACACGAACGAUGCAACUGGUAUUUAUGAUUCGGAUGAUGAUAGUGCAAGUGUUCUCUAUGAACCACGUCCAAUGAAUAAUUUUAAUAAUUAA